UGCCGUAUUUAUCUCGUGGAGCGCUACAUUCGUCUCGUGUAGCUUGGCGGUUGAAGCCUGAUUUGCCUCAAGCUUAUCAAGUAGUAUUCUCACUAGAUCCUGGAGCUCAGAUGUCCCGCUUGCUUUUGCCGUCUCGAAUAUCAGGUGUGGAUUGUUGCAGGCCUUGCGGUUGACCUUGACUGUUGCUUCUUCGGCGCUCCCGGUUGUUCAUAUACAAACGCGUCAAAGCCCACUGGGGGUUUACUGGCUCUCUUGGAUUUCCGUGUUCCAUCGUCGGCUCUAUCAUGGGUCUUGUUGGUCGAGUUUCUCGUCGUCGUUCCCGCAGCUAGGAACGCGUGUAGCUAGGCGUCGAUUCGCGACGCAUCGGCUUGUUCGGCCGCCAUUGAGGCAGUCCUUCGUAGCAAGUGGCCCAAAGGGCUCGAGCCGCUUGAUUGCCUUUUCUCAAUCUAAUACUCUCCUCAGCCAUGCAGAGGAGCUUUUCCUGUGCAGAGGAGCAUGAGGGGUGGUUAAGGUAUACUCCGAGCUCUGAGCGUCACGUGCCCUAUAUGUGUGUGUAUAGCGUUUCCUAGUUUCCCUAGCGAUUCCUAUAUUAGCCCGAAGCCCAUCACUGGGUGCUUGACCUGGAAAACACGCCUCUCCAUCUUGAACCGGCGUUACCAGGGCUUCCUCGCUACAUCCCUGUUAGCCAACUCCCGGACGAACCUGAUUUUCCCCGGCGUUGCGAUCAUGGAUCAAAUAACAAAGCACAGAGUUGAUCGAGCCGCUGAGGAGCUUAUAGCUUCAAUUGAUCCUACAAGAGUCUGUGACCUGGCCACUUCCUUUCAUCCUGCCAAAAGUGCCUGUCGGAUCUUCUCAGACUGGAAGAAGGGUGGCUUUAAUGUCUGUUUUCCUGUGAUCUUUAACCAGGAUCCCGAGAGCAUGGAAGGUGAGAAAUGGAUGGUCAGGAUUCCUCUCCUUCCUCGACUGGCAUUUCCGAAAGAGAAGAUGCGCAGUGAAAUUGCAACCAUGAAGUAUAUUGCAGAGAAGACCACCAUUCCCAUUCCUCAUCUACACGGUUACUCCAUAAACAGCGAUGACAACAUCCUUGGCCUUCCAUUUAUGCUUAUGGAGUAUAUUGAGGGGAAGACAUUGGCUGGUGUUGUACUUCAAGAUCUUGAGAAAAGGACAAGAGAACAUUUUUACACCCAACUUGCUGAUAUUUAUAUCCAACUUUAUCACCAACAAUUCGACCAAAUCGGAGCUCUCACCCUUGAUGAGCAUGAUGAGGACUGGAUAUUUGCCAACAACCGCCCUCUAACAGUUGAUGUCAAUGAUCAGGAAGUCAGUGGUUUUGAUUUUUGUUCACAUUUUCUCCCUCCUCAGCAGACUUUCACCUCGGCAAUUGAUUACAUAUACCUGAUUUUCAGACUCAUCUACAAUGACUACUGCCGGUGCCCGGAUUCCAUAGUGGGGGAAGAAGAUGCGCGACAUUAUCGAUACAGUAUUUGGGCAGGUCAGGGUAUUGUGAUGGAGUGGGUUAAACAAGAGUACAAUCAUGGCCCUUUCAUUUUGAUGCAUGGUGAUCUCCGCCCGUCCAAUAUUGUUAUCGAUGACAACUUCAACAUCACAUCAAUUCUGGACUGGGAGUGGAGUCACACUCUCCCAGUUCAGUUGUUUGCGGUUCCCCCUUACUGGCUCACAAACCUCCAAGUGGCGCAAAUUGCCGAGCCCUUAUUCUCUUUCCCAUAUACAGUGGCAGCUCUAGACUUCAUUGACUCCAUGUGUGAGCUUGUGUACACUUCUUACAACCCUCACAGAAAACUGCGAUCAGAGAUUCCCAUGGCGAGUGUUUGGCGCCAGCAGGCGUAUGAGGACCAAGCUAUUGCUCACGGACUUUUGAAACCCCACUCCUUCGGAAGCGUCUACUGCCAUGCUCUAGAUUCUUGUUACUACGAUUGGGACCGUAACCAGCGAGUGGAAGCAUUCUUUAAAUUGAGAAUUUGGCAAUCUGAACUUGAAAUUAUGAAGCAAAAGGUAGUCGAAUUGGCACACUUUGAAAAGGAGAGACAAAAGUUGGGAGUAGAACAACGUGUGACCUUUUCCUAUCCAAUUUUCACACAAGAGCAAGAAGCCGGGCUGGUGAGGAAGUUGAAGGAUUUCAGCGAAAAAGCAGACAAGAUCUUUAGGGAUGGGAAUGAAGUGGAUCUCUUGGCAAGAGUUGAAAGAGAAGUCCGAAAAAAACAGGAGCUGAAAGCUGAGCUCGAAAGGCCACGCUCGCGGUGGCCACUUAUCACCAUUGGCGCGAUAUAUCUAGUGUAUAUCAUCAGUAGGGAUCGGGGGAAUUGAGUUAUACACUAUGAAUGACUGAGUAAUUCAAUUGCGUCUCGCACAGCGGCCAAAUUGGCUCUGAUUCCAUUGAGUUUCGCCCUCUGGUUGUGAAUCUGUUGCCCCACCGUCAUGCCGGUAUUCUGCAUGAAACGGGCAUUUUGAGCCUCCCUGGCACUCGUGUUCAGCAGUUGCAUUGCGUGUGCCUGAGCCUCAAGAUCAUUCAUGUAGGCUAGCACCUGAGUCUCUUCUUGUUCCAGCUGCGUGAAUCGCUGUCUUUUGGCCUGUAGCUCGGCUUGGAUGUCUUGGAAAAGACUCUGUUCAUUGGGGGGGGCCAUUUCGUAUAUAUGGAUUCUUGGCUUUUGUGGUAGGGCAAGAGAGAAGAGUCGACGAGAAUGAUUUCAGUUGCCUGCACUCUGUAUAAUUCUAAAAUUCAAAGGAUGGAGGCAGAAACGAUGCGAGGUUUAUAAACCCUCUCAGCACCGUCCCUCCCGGUCUAAAGCAAAGAGAUGAAUGAGGCCGAGAUCCUUGAUCUGCCUUUCUUGCCAGCACAUUGCCUGAUGCAUGUCCUUGCAGGCAGAUGGUUGCCUUGAUUUGGCAUUUUCAUGUGGAAGCAAGCCUUUUUAUUAGCCAAAUGACUCCGGAACGAGCCAAAGAAAGCCUCAUAUUUUCUUUUUGCGCAGUUCAGUGAGUCAGGCUUUGAAUGACAAUCAGCACUUGCAGCGGGGAAGAUAUGUGACACGUGCAAGGCGUUUAUCGCCCAUAAACCCCCGAAUUUGCUGGCUGACGCGAAAAGGCAGGCAGGAUCCUUUUGGCUGCUCAGUCAGGACUGCGGUCGCAGCCCUUUCUCAAUUUUCAAUGUAAAACCCAACACGGAGCUGACUCACUUUGAGGUCUUGGUUCGGGAGGAGGAGGGGAGGAAGUCGAGACAUGUAGGCUACUGGGGCAAAAGAGCUCAGUCACCACCAGCGCACUGCUGGUAGAAGGGCCGAUCAACUCCC